AUGGCCGAAGACUCUGUUCUCGCCCCCAAGUUUGCGCCGUUCAUUGGAAUGGCCGGCAUUGCGGCUGCCAUGAUUUUCGGAUGCAUCGGCGCCGCAUACGGUACCGCAAAAUCAGGAAUCGGUAUUGCUGGUGUCGGAACUUUCAGACCUGACCUCAUUAUGAAGGCACGCCGCCCCGACAGCAUUUCCUGCGGCUUCAUGCACCUCGCCUGCGGUCUGUCCGUCGGCUUCACUGGUCUUGCGGCUGGCUACACGAUUGGUAUCGUUGGUGAUAAGGGCGUGCGCUCGUACAUGGAGCAAUCCCGCAUCUUCGUCGGCAUGGUUCUAAUCCUCAUUUUCGGUGAAGUCCUGGGUCUCUACGGCCUCAUCGUCGCUCUUAUCCUGAACACCAAGUCCAAGGGCUAA